AGCACUGGCUCGGCCAGGCGGCUGAGGGGAAGGGACCCCGGCGGGCUCCGCGGCGGCUCCGACAUCGCCCCGCUGCUGUCUCUGCCGGGGCGGUGCUCCCGCCCGGAAGGACGCGCCCGGCGCAGCCGCACGGCCCGGGCCGGCCCGGGCCGGCACACGCCGCCGGCGUGGUCGCGGUGCUGCCCGGCACCGUCCCGCUACUGCCGGGCCCCGCCGCCAGCCUCGCCGCGGCCCCCCGCAGGGGGAAGCCUGUCCCGGCCGCGGUUCGCUGCCGGCGGCGCGAGGGAACUGGGCGGGCUUUGGCGUCCCGUUGCGAGGCCGAGCGAUGCUGCUGCCAAAAGCCACCGCGUGCAGCCGGGAGGGCCGUGGUCGGCCGGGGAGCAGCUCCCCUGUGGAGGGAGCGCGGUCGGGCAGGGCGGUGGAACAGGCAAAAGCGGGGUACCCGCUGGUAGCAGGGAGAAGGCGUUUAACUCGGCCGCAGGCGCUCCCCGCCUCACGCUCCGUCCCCGGGUGCCUGAGUCCCGGCGGGGGCAGGAGCUGAGGAGAGGCCCCCGAGCGCCUGCUCCAGGGCUGUGAGGCGAGCGCGGCCACGGUGUGAGGCGGAUUCGCAUCUUCCCGGAGCUACAGGUUGCUCAAAGUGGGCUGAAAGUGUCUUAGAAAUUACUCAUACUACCGUUUUUAAUCAGUGACCGAGCAUUCAGGUGUGACCGCCCAUACUUCUGCAGCGUUUUCUUGUGUAGCUGCAAGCCUGCCUUGAUGUCCCUGUGCGCAAACUGGAGGCCGGUGGCUGCAGUGGCGCAACGUGGAGACCAAAUUAAUAAGCUUGCUGUUCAGUAGCUGGUUGUCUCGUGCCUGGCACUAGUCAGAACUGCACAAAGACGCACACCUGCCUGCAGAGCUGGUAACAGCACAGCAUCUCCCCUUGGCUUCUGUGGGGUCCAGCACCUCUGAAAAACAAGCUAUUUAUUUAGACCUGAAUUUGCGAGGAGCGGCUUCUUCAAGCACCAUUAAUCAGUAACGUAUUCCUCCCAAGCUAUGUGCAAAACCAGUCUGCAUGGCAGCAUGGAUACAGAGUCAAACAGCAGGCCUGGUCCACAACUAGAACUUAAAGAGUGAGCACAUUAAGGGUGCACACAGCAAGAUGCUGCACUUCAUUGGACAGUAUCUGGAAACUGGCAGCUAGAAUGGCCUGCUAUUCAACCCUUGUUGAGAGGGAAUCUCACACAAAAAUCGGAACUUUCUCAGAAUCGGUUGCUGACCUAAAUGACAGUGGGAAGCUUCAGAGUAAAAUGAGCAGAAUGAGGAACAUUUUUUACAAUACUAGAGUUACUCUUAAGAGAGUGACCCCAUGUUAAUUUCAACAAAUUUUAACUCACCAAAAGUCAGUGUUUCAUUGCAUGAGAAGCUCAAAAGUAUCCUUCCCAUGUGAGAAAUCCCACAGAUGCUUGCCUAACAUGGAAGACAACAUGGAUGCAAAAAAUGUAUUCGAAACACAGGAAAAUAUGUGCUGCCUUAGGGGUGUACCAGAGAAUGGUGAUGACCUAAUUAAUUUUAAUAGUAUGGUCUGUGUCACUGCUGGAGAAGCAGAGAAAUACUGCAUCAGACAGGUGCAUUCCCACCCUACAGAUCUAAUCACUGAUCACACAGACGAUUGUUGCCUUAAAGUGGAAGACUCUGUUUCUUGUCCACCUCCAGCUGAAGUCCAGGCACGUGAAAAGACUGUGUUCAGUAGACUUCUAACCACGAAUGCUCUGUUGAGUGAGCAGGCAGAUACUCCCAUAGUAAAUCAAAAUUAUUUUACAAAAGAUGAUUCUGAAAAUUCUGGCGGCAUUUUGGAGGCUUAUCCAAGCGUAAGUGAUGAUUUUUCUGAUCAUGUCCUAGAGUAUUUUGAAUGUUCAGAUGUGCUGACAGCACAUGAAAAUGAAAUCUGGGAAAAAAAAUUACAGUUUUUAUUAGAAAGUGGUGAUGAAGAUGAUUUAAAACUGAGUAAGGAUUGUGAUGGGUGUGCUUACUUCCUCAGUGAAAUGCCGUGUCUGUUCCGAGUGUCAGAUAACACUACGCCUAUGGAUACUACCAUUGGCUUCUGUGGUCAUCACUCAAAAUUCAAAGGAGUAAAUGUAAGGAGAGACCCCUCUACAUACAGCCAGUCAACUUUGCAGACAGAGAUGACUCUAACUGUUGGACAACACCGAGAUAAAACUACCAGUGUGAAAGACGAAGAGAAGGGUAAAGUGCCUGUCGCAUCUGCUGUCAUUGAAAAUGAGUGUCUCCGAACUGAAGAAGAAAAUAAUGGAAUUGGCCAGACAGAUUUCUCAACCAACAAACCUCAGAACAUGGAUAAUGUACAUGGAAAGGCGGACUCCUCCACAGGUGGCAUAGGUACUGCUUUGACAAAUCAGGCUUCAGAGACAAUGACAGAAAACAAGGUAGACGAGAACUUGCUGGGUGAAAGCUCAUUGCUGCUAGAGGAGGGGAGAAGAAAUUCAUCAGAGGAAAAUGCAAGGCAUUCUGUCUCUACCUUAACUGAAACUCUAACAAGAAACCUUUUAAAGUUGCUAAACCCUAUAGAGCUCUGCAGGUAUGUCGGUAAUAUAGGGCAAUCUUUUCAGGCUGCUGCAGAGGUGAGGGAAUCCAGUGCUUUGUUUCCCAGUCAGGAAGGAGGCCUUUCAGCACAAAUUUGUGAGGAGACAGAAAGCUUGCAAAUGCAGGCUGGUUUGUGUCGUACAGAAGAGGCGGAUAAAGACUCUCGUUGGGAACAGAAAAAGACUUGGGGCCUGUCUGAGCAAAAUCAGGUGCCAGAUGACAACGUCUCACCCAGGAAUCAAGGUGCCAGUCUUAAAAUCUCUAUCCAAAAUUGUGAUAGAGAAUGUAUGGAGCCUGAAAUAGCAAAGGAAGGCAUUCUCAUGACUUGCCAGAAUGCAGGAACCAUCCAUUCAGCUUCAGAAUGUACUGAAAAGCCAUUACAAGCGAAAAAUGGAAGUUCACAAACCUAUUCGCAACACCGUGCUCCUUAUGAUAAGAGAGAAAGUUGUCACCAACGAGUCUUCUGGGAACAAGGGAAGGAUAUUAGUAGUAAUGGCAACAAAUCAAAGAAAGACAUUUCAGCUUUUCGUUUAUGGGACGCAGACUCUGUUCCUGAUAAACAAGAAAGUUUAUGUGCUGUUCUCUCUUCUGCAAAGCUAUGUGAUGAGCCAAAGGAGGGAGGGCAAAGGUAUGGUUUUGAUUCGCAUGACGGCAAUGACAGAGAUACUCUCUGCAGUGUAUCAUGUGAUGAAUCUCUGUUUGAAGCUAAUCCCAAGUCAGUUCUGGAAUCUGGAGAACCUGGGUGCAAAGGAGAUGCUAAUAUAUCUGCAGUGCAUGACAAGCUCUGGAAACUUCUUCAUGAGGAUGACUCAGACUAUCAAAUCCCAUUUGAAAACUGGGGAAUCACAAGUUUAGAGGUAAGGCUGGCAGAUACCAAAGUCACAGAACCGAACUCUGUGCAAGAGACCUGUUCUGAUCAUCCUUUACCCCCAGAUUUCACAGAACAGCAGGAACCUAUUACACAGCCACCUAUUAGACAAAGAACAGAGAAAGAAGGCUGCAGUGUCUCUAAUGUCCUACUGAAAACAGAUGAAGCAUGUAACAGUGCGUCCAUAGAAAACUUUUCUCUUACACAAGUGGCAGAAGCAGAUGGUUUAUGUAUCAGUUCUAGCACUGGAAAUAAAACAGAAACGGCAUCCACUUGUAUUUCAGAGAACAGUAUCUUCAAUACAGAGGAGUGCUUGGAGCAGAAGCCAAAUCAAACAUUAAUUGUCAAUAAUGGAGCCGUUCAAACAACUGUUUCUCGGGAAGGAAAGCUUACCGUUGAUAACACUUUCCAAAUAUGUGAUACAGAUUCUCAAAGAUUAAAAAAUGCUCAGAGUAGUAACUUAGCAUGCGAUAAAGAAAACCCAGCUUGCAUGUCAGAUAAGUCACACUGGACAACUGGACAAUUACCUCAUACUGAGUGGAACAUAUCCUUGAUAAAUGAGACUAUGACUGAGACCACAGAUGAAGAUGCUGGUAAAGACUGUCAUUUUAAAGACCGUUACCCAGCAAGAAAAAAAAUGGCAUAUUUCCCUGAGGAGAAAGUUAUUUUCCCCAGUAAUUCCUCUGUUGAAAAUGCCCAUCAGUUUACACAUGAAAAACACUCUUCUGUUAACAUCAUACAUAGAAGUUAUGAAGAUAAUUUACAAGAAAAAAGAAAUCACUCCGAGUUGAAUGCACAAAAUGGCACUAAUUGUAGCAGUUAUCAUCCUUCAAAAAAUUAUGACUCUCAAGAUUUUCAAGUUGUUUCUAAUACACAGAAAUACAGUUACCCAAUGAAAUUGCCUAAUUUAAUUAAGACUCCUGAAACCAUAACGUGUAAGAAUCUACCCCAAAAUGUACACCAACUGACAGAAUUAGAAAAACAAGAAGCGAUAUUCAUUCCCUCUUCUGAGAAUCCCCUUUUAACAGAUUUUUUUGUAAAAGUGCCCAAAUAUGAACCAAGUAAACCAGGAAAAGAACAGAGAGACAUUUUCAUAGGUGAUGAACAAAGGGUUGAAACAUCCUGUGACUCUGGAGCUAGGCAUGUUUCAGAGAGUCAGCCUGCAGUUUCCCCUCAUAACGUGUCUGAACAACAUUUAUUUUUUGCUGACAACACUUUUAAGUUUGACGAAGAGUUAAAAACAGAUUCUUUGAAAAGUCACACGUAUGCCUCUGGGAACGUAACGUCAGGAUCAGUUAGUACCCCGCUGCCUAGAAAGGUUCAGAAUGAGUACUGCACAGUAGCAAAGGAAGAUUGUGGAGACAUCGGUAAUCAGAUGGGUCUCCAGCAACAGACCGUAAGAGAAACAUCACCAUUCAUACCUGUAAGCCAGUCAGAGGGCUCUCUUAACAGUGUAGCAGCAAUGGGGUGUUCUGGCACAGGAAGUCAUGUACAAACAAAAUACACACAAACUGCUAUCAAAGGAGAUGAAAAAUUGACUAAGUUGGAAGCUUUCUGCGAAGCAGUGCAGGAUCAGAUCCAUAGGGUACCUGAAGAAAAUAAGGAGGAAGCAGUCUUGUGUGGAAAUAAACAAAAGAUUCAAAGAACUACUGAAUACAACCUGGAUGCUGCUAAAAUGAAGUCUCCUUUGCACAUUUUAAUUAGCUCCAAGGCUCAGAGGCGGAUUAGGAAUAGUAUCACUAAGCUGUCCUCUCCUGACUUGAUCACUUCCAGCAAGCCAGCUGAGGUUGAUUGUUCAAUUAAGUCUACUGAGCAUAAUAAAGACGAAGAAGUCACGACUUCAGAGACUGCAGUAAGUGCUUUAGUUAACUUGCCAGCAGUUGAUUCAGGGGACGUCUCUCUUCAAAGGCAGCCGCCCUACAGCAGGACGCAGCCACACUCCUUAGCAUUGACCACAUAUGAUCCGUUCUCAGUCAGCAUGGAAAGGCCAGAAAAUCAAGAAGGGUCAAAGUCCUGCCAGACAUCACCAACUGUUGCUGAGUCUGAGCCCAUCAAAUGUAAACACACAGCAAAGAGUGAGAAUUUAGCUACUGGAGCAAAGAAGAAAUUACCAUCAGCAACACUGUCAAAGAAACCCCGACUGGAGGAGAGUGGAGAUGUCAGCAAGGAUCCUAGCUGUGUUAAAAGUGAGGCAAACGUGAUUCUUAAAGAAAAUAGAAAAGAGCAAAGGAAACUAAUUUCAAAAAAGGAUAGCAAAGCUCCCAAGCUGCUGAAGAGAAUCCAAGCAGAGUUGUUCCCUGACUGCUCUGGAAAUGUUAAGCUGUGCUGCCAGUUUGGAGACAUUCAUGGGGACUCUACCAUUACAUGGACUAAAGACUCCAAGUUACUAGCUCGACUGCAGAGAAAUGCCCAGGAUGACUCUCCUGUCUCUUUGGCGAUAGCUAAAGCCAGUAACAAAGACCAAGGAAUGUAUUAUUGCUGCUUGAAUAAUAUAUAUGGAAAGGUAACUGCGGAAUUUAAUCUGACUUCUGAAGUCUUGGAACAUCUUUCAAGUUUUCAGAAUUUUGAAGGUGUGGAAGAAAUUGAAUUCAUGCAGCUCAUGUUCAGAGAAGAUUUCAUCAGUGACAGUUAUUUUGGUGGAAACCUGCAUGGAAUAAUAGCUACAGAAGAAUUUCACUUUGGUGAAGGCAUGCAUCGGAAAGCUUUCCGAAGUAAAGUGAUGCAAGGCCUGGUACCAGUGUUCAGCCCUGGCCAUCCCUGCGUUCUCAAAGUGCACAAUGCUAUCACAUAUGGGACCAAGAGUAAGGAUGAUCUAGUUCAAAAGAACUAUAAACUAGCUCUGCAGGAAUGCUAUGUCCAAAAUACUGCAAGAGAGUAUGCGAAGAUAUAUGCAGCUGAAGCCGAACCUUUGGAAGGCUUUGGAGAAGUACCAGAGAUCAUUCCUAUUUUUCUUGUUCAUCGCCCUGCUAAUAACAUCCCCUAUGCAACAGUGGAGGAGGAGCUGAUUGGGGAAUUUGUGAAAUACUCUGUCAGGGAUGGCAAGGAAAUCAAUUUCCUGAGGAGAGACUCAGAGGCUGGCCAGAAGUGCUGCACCUUCCAGCACUGGGUGUAUGAGAAAACCAAUGGGAGCUUGCUUGUCACUGACCUGCAAGGUGUAGGAAUGAAGUUAACUGAUGUUGGCAUAGCAACACUGGCCAAAGGACUAACAAUGAUAAAACACUCAAGAAUGGAGGGCCAACAAAGCUUCUACAGGAUGUUUCUUCUUCAAAAAUAAUUCAUCACAUGAAUGUCAUAGAGAUACUGAGUUUUUAGAGGUAUGUGUCCCUAUAAAUAAACUGAUAAUUUUACCUGUUCUUUCCUGGUUUUAGGCACAUUAAAAAAUAGCUAAGCUGCAGAGGAAACAUUUUCAAGAACACCGAAGGGAUUUCAGAGUAUAGGUCCACAUCUGCAAAAUAUUAGGCAUAUAAGUAGAUCUUUUUUUCCAAAAAGUAUGUGGUAUACUUAGAGCCUUAUUGCUCAGUUGAAGUUGUCUGCCUCGUUCCCUUUUGAAAUUGAGCCUUGAGACUUUUGAAAAUUUUCCCUGAGUGGUCAGAAGUGCUCAAAGGUGACAAUGACUGAAUCAGAGUACAUCAGUCCCGAAUGGAUUCAGGAAGGCAGCUGAGUUUGGGCUUUUGAAAACCAGUGCAGAGCUGCUGGAAUCAGCUGCAGAUCAUGGUGCCAGCUUUAGAUCUUAAAUAGCAAUCCUACCCACAAGGACGAAGUUGUUGGGUAUAGAAAACAGUCAGCCUGGUCCUGAAAUAUGGGGAGAUAUGUCUGGAGUCUUUUCUGUAAGACUGGAGAUUUGAGAAACUUUUAACCAAAAUGACAGUAACAUUUUUUAAUCUGUGCAGGAAGAUAGGUCCUUGCCAUAAAAGUUAGAUUAUUCUUCAUUCCAAGUUUCAAAAUUAAAAAAGCCAGACUGCUAAGUUUCAGGAUUUGAAUCUAUGAAUAGCUAGUCUUGGAUGAAUAAAUCAUUGCAGCACUUUGCUAAGUAAUCCCAGCCCUUAUGCACACACUAGCUUUACAGAUUGCUUGGCCUUAGGCCUCCACAAUUUUUGAAGGCAGUAGAUUCAUUUCAAAUGCUGUGCCUCUAAUGUUUAUCCACUUGAAGUAGAUGCAAAAUAGAGGACACCAUUAGAAAAAAGUAUGUUUCCCAGUCGAUUCCUUAUAAACCAAAUAGUAAGAGAAAAUCACAUGCAAUUCUUACUGGGGGAACUUUUCAAAAUAACUCCUGCAGCUUAACCUCAUGUAACCUAACAGUGAACUGCAGAAAUACAUCUUCGUUAUAUCUUCAUUUCUUUUUUUUUUUCUUGAUUUCCUCUUAAGGAAACUUCAGUGUAUCUAAUACUCGUGUGGGUGUUGUAAAGGUCACGUCACUCUAUAAUAAAAGCCUCAAUAAAUAACUUUUUGAGUUUUGAGAGCACAGUAGUAAUAAUAGGGAGAGAGGAUUAAUCUGUGCUGCUGUCUCCUGGCACAGAGCACUAGGGGAAGGUAGGAACUGUUUGCACACAUGGAUGUUUGACCAAAUAUUUUAAAUGGAUUUCCUUAGUAAUAUUACAAGUGGAACCUAGAGAGCCUGUACUGCCAUUCCACCAGUGAAGUAUCAGCAGUGGUGAUAGAUGUUUUGCAUCUCUAAAAGAAUGAAUGAUGUGGAAUAAGCUGUGGUGACACUGCAAAUUGUAGAACUAGUCCAAAAUGAAACACCUAAUCUCCUGCUCUUUCUGUUGAUAUAAUACAGAUAUUGUGCUCAGGUAAGCAGCACAUAUGUUCACUGAGUAGGAAGAGAGAAAGAGCAUAAGAUGUUCUUCAAAUAAGAAAAAUUGCUGUACCAGUAAUCAGGGGAAGGGCAAGCAAUACUGGUACAAGCUUCCUAGGCAGCAGGCAUAAUGAGGGAGGGGAGGGAUUUUCCUCUUUUUUCUUUGAUUUAAUAAGUCUUGGACAGCAGAAUGCUGGCUUUGGGAGCCUUUCUGUUGCUGCUGGAUUCUGGCUACGUUGAUGGAUGACUGAAGUGGCUUGUUUUGCAACAGUGGCAGAACAAUGUCCCUUGUUAGUUUUAAUGCUUAUUGGUCUUACAGAUGCCUUGUGCAUCUAAAUUUGUGCCAAAAAAAAAAAAUUCCCCAAAAGUUAGUGAUGCUAUUGCAUGCGCCAGCAGGAAAGUGAUCAAAUCUAUGAAUGUGGAAAUUAAAACAGUUAAGUCUUUUCUUCCACCAAAGUGGACUUCAGCAGCAGUCUAGUGUUCAAGACGGGCCACCAUGACCUGUUGUUAGGGGCAUUCAGUAGACAAGCUUCAGGAUUCAACGACUUCAGGAUUCAACAAGACUUUCUAACCAAGUGAAGCUUUCCCUUCCAUGCCUGUCCAUGAGAGCCAAAGGGUGCAAGCAUAUCAUAUCAGCUCUUGAAGCCAGCUCUUUCCUGAUGUGGCCAGUUUUACAGAAACAGGAGAUGCUUCAGGGGAUACUUCCUUUUUAAAUCUUCCACCUGUCUUUCCACUUUCAAAUAACUCAGAAAAAUAUGUUUUUCUUUUAGAUACUAGCAGGACUGGGUACGCAUUUUUUGCUAUAGCUACCAAGUAACACAGUUCCUACUAGGGGCUACUGCAAGCCCCUGAAGCAAUUUUUUUCUGGGCCUUUGUAAUGUUAUCCAGCUGACUAAUCAGCAUAAGCACAUGGCUGCUCAGGGCACUGAACCAGCUGAGGAAAGUGCAUGGUGGAUGGGUUCCAGGUACAGAUCCAUUUUUGCUCAUGGAUUUGCAUGUGAAUGCAGCUGUGCUGCCUCCAGGGGUAAGUGAUAUCUGAAAUCAGUACAGCUGUACUACUGAGUUAAACCUUACGCAGCUGAACAGGAUUUGUGCAGUGUCACAGCUAGUGCUGCUGCACCGUGGUCCUAGAACUUGUGGCACUGCUGGGUGUGACACUACAAAAGUGGUUUUGAAGGAAUUACCUUGGCUCUAGCAUAGCUGAUGCUAGACCAGGGUUAACAACAUCUUUGUAUUCAUUGGGUUUCUACAUGGUGUUCUCACUUGUGUUCUUGGCCUUGCCUCUCAGCUUGAGCUGUCCCUCAAUAAAGGUAAUAAAGUCUCCUUCGUAUGGUACUGACCUAGCUUGGGUCUGAACCCUCACCUUCCUUUUCUACCUUUGAAGCACCUUGCUCCUCAUGCUUCAUGUCUUCUGCGCUCCUCUUUCCACCAUCUCACUCCCGCUUCUCCUUCAUAUUCUCUAUCAUUGACUUUGCUCCUUCCCUUUCCUUGUCACUGUGCCUGAUGUUUAUUUUGGAUUCGAAAGGGGAAAAAAAGCAACUCAUCAUAAAUGGCUGUCAGCCCAUCUGGGACGAUCUGUGUUUCUGGAAUGCAGGAUCUGGGGAACUGCAAGCUGAAACGACAUUGGUAAGAUCCAGAAGGCUAAAGGUGACAAUGUCUGCACUGUGUUUGUCUCUAGCCUUGUCGCUCUGUAGUACCUGUACCAUCAGGACUGUUCCAGAACAGAAGAGCUGUCUGUGCAGUCAUUCCUGCAUCUGGCUAAUAAUAAAGUAUACUCCAUGCACACAGGUGUGGGCCAUCCCUGGUUUAAACUUCUCAUUUUUGCCUAGUGUGUAACCACUUUGAAGCUACUAAACAACAGGCUUUGUAUCUAGCCGUGUAUUUUUUACUGCCUCAGAAACCCAGUCUUGAAGACAGGACUGAUCUGCUGACAAGAUCACCCUAAUUAAAUUAGGCUACAAAGGAAUUUUUUACACAUUUUUAUACGUUCUGGAGUAUGUAUUUUUAUUUAAAAAAGUAAAUGUUAACAUCCUUGAAAUACCUGGAAAUGUACUGGACAAAACACUAAAUAAUACUCUGUAUGGAAGAGCUCAGGAGAUACUGUCCAUCUCUUAGUUCCUAUGAUUUAAAUCACAAGAAACUUGACUUUUAAAUUACCCUUUUUUCUUCAUUUUUAUCCUACAGUCUUCCUUCUCCCUGUAGGCAGUAAGCUUUAUAUUCUUCCUUAUGCAAGAGUGUUCCUGCACUGGUUAGUCCGGAGGCCACAGGAUUACUCUCCAUUCAGAUAUCUUUUAUUGCUCUAUCAGGUACCUGCAGGUUUCCAGAACAGAUGGACACAAAAGAAAAGGGAGAGUACAAAGAGCAGUUAGGAUAUAUAUAAGGUGUAGGAAAACUGCUCUGUGUGUUCCUCUGUGAAGACCAGAGGUUGUUAUUACCGUUUGAGGUGCUGAGAAUUCUUUUUACAAAAAUCUGGACUAGAACUGAAUUUUACUAUACAAUAUUGUAGUUAUUCUGAUAGUUUUCAGCAGUAUGCAUAUGCUACUGACUGUUGCACAGCAAUAACUCAUGGAAGAAAACGAGGUUUAGAGAAUAAAAUUAACUUACUGAGCAUGUUCUGUUGGGAAAAAACUGUAAUGAAAUUGGUUGCAAAUGGAAACACUGUAUAAUAUAUGAAGGAUAAAUAUAUCUUCCAACAGCACUCUACACAUCACUGAAAUACAGCCAUAGGAAGCUUCCUAUUCAUUAUGUAUGCCUGAUUAUUUAACAAUUGAAAUUUGGAACAUGCUGAUGAACCAUGAACAUGCUGAAUUACGGUUACCACUCUCUUUGCAAAUCAGAAAACAAUAUUCAGUGAGCCUAAAUAUCUUGGACUAUUCAAUGGAAUUUAGGCCCCCUGUUUCAUUGUUUGUUCCUGGCUUUCAUUAAUCCCUUUGAAAGUUCCCACAGUCGAUUCUUACUCUUCACAAAAGUUUUCAGGAGAACUUCUGUGAGGAGAUUGUGUGCCUUCCCAAAAGAGCAGGUUCAGAACAUAAAAUGGUGGACUUGAGCAUAGUGCUGAAAUUGUAUAUACAGUUGUGAUAUGGAAGGGAACAAAGCUGCAAGCAUUUGAAACAUGAAUAAAUGUUGUUUCCAGUUAGGUGUAAUAGCUUUUUAUCAAAUUUUUGAAAGGUGUUCUGUUUGAAAACUGUUACAAGCAUCUCAGCCAAUUAAUGUUUGAAACCUGUAUGUUUUAACUGGGUGCCAAAAUAAGAGCCAGGGUUUGACUACAUCAGGUAAUUGGCUUCAGUACUCUAUUGUCAUGGUCAAUCCAACAGGAAAAUGAAAAUCCCAAGCCAGCCUUGUUUUUCAGAGGUAGAGUAAUUACAGCUGCAUCGACUGCAAUGAAAUCCACUUUCCCAACACUGGUGUUAUGAUUCCUUCAGAAUUCUAUGAUUCUGUGAUUCAGAUGAUUCUUUUGCGCUUUACAGUGUGAAUCUGGAAAUGCACAUAGAGUUACGUAUUUCCCACGUAUUAUUGUGGGUUUACUUGUAAAAGGAGUCACCCUGGCAUGUGGAAAGCUUAUUUAUUCCACAGCACAGUAGAAUGUAUUGCUACAGUUCACAUACUUUUCUGAAUUGAUGUCCGAUCUACCAGUAGCUAUUUAGUGUGAUAAUGGCGUUUGAUAGAUUGGACACAAACACCAUUGUCACACUCCACAGCUCUCCUAGUAGAUUGUUAGUUCAUGGAAGAAGUAAUAUGCACACAUGCAGACUUCAGCAUGGAGACUUCAAAGAUCUGCAAAACACAGAGAAAAGACCAUCAGUAUGCAUACUUAAUGUGUGGCACAUCAGGGUUCUCACCAAGGAAGUGGGAGAUAGGAUUCAGCAUUUUUGUCUCAGCUAGCUGUGGACAUCUGAAAGCUAAGUAGCUUUAAAUGUGCCUUUAUAGGCAAAGGAAAUGGACAGGCACUUUUAGAAAGUCAUCAGCGCUGUCCUAAGAGACAAAUUUAUGGAGAGAGGGAUGAAGCAUUCUCUGCAAGGACUUUCACCUUUCUCUUAUUGAUGGAGAUAACUCAGAAUGUGCCUGACUUCUACAGAUAUAUGUUAGAUCAGAGUCAUGAUGCUGAAGACUGUAUUUGUUUUCCAUAUACUUUUUGAUAGCAUUUUAGAACCAGCCUACUUAGACAGCAAGUUGGUCUUCUCCUCCAACUGUUUCAUUCAGUGCAAGUUCUUCUGUGACACUUCACAUCCAACAGUGAAUUAAGCGGUGUAACUAAGGUACACGAUUAUUGUUUCUUCUUCAUGGUUUUUUGUGUUUGUUGUUGUUUGACAAGACAGAGUACAUUUCUGUGUUUAACCUGCAAGUCUAGUAACU